UCCACUCUGGUCUACUUUAACACGCUAACUAUUUUCCCCCUUCUUAUCUCUUUCUGACUGAAAUUUAGGUCCUUCCUCCUUGAAUUCUAGUCCCAGUAGGUAAAGGCAGAGAAGUUUUCCUGGUCUCGAUUCUCUCGUUUCUUUUUCCUCUGUGAUCGUUGUUUCGGUUACGUUUGAUCUUCUCUUUUUCAGUGUCUGUCUGUUGAGUGGGGAGGUAGGUGAGUUUGUUUAAAGCUUGUAAUUGGUCAUCAAUGGCGGAAUUGGCGGGUCCGCGACUGUACAGCUGCUGCAAUUGUCGAAACCAUGUUUCGUUUCACGAUGAUAUAAUCUCCAAAGCCUUUCAGCUUGGAACUAUGUUUUUUCCCCUCAAUUUUUGGUUACUCGAGGGAAAUUUCUCGGGGGAAAUUUUCUCCAAUCCCGCGGGGCCUAAAGAAGACAGGCAUCUGCUGACUGGUCUCCACACUGUCGCGGACGUCUACUGCGGCGACUGCAGGGAGGUGUUGGGUUGGAAGUAUGAGCGAGCUUAUGAAGCAUCCCAGAAGUACAAGGAAGGGAAGUUUAUACUUGAGAAAGCAAAGAUUGUUAGGGAGAAUUGGUAGUAUAUCUAUCUACCUAUCCUUAUAUAUAUAUGUAAAUGUAUACCCAUAUAUCCUAUCUGGGUCCUCCAUUCAAUAUUUUUAUUCCUCUGUUUGUCGCAAGUGUAUUUGAUGCUCCCUCAUGUUCUUUGUACAGAAACUUGCUCUUACCCAUUUCAUGGUGUUCAAUUGUUUAUCCAUGGCCGAUUCUUCCUGUCUUGCCUUUGACCUAUUUAUGCUUUGUUGAUGGAUUAAUUUAUUCCGUGUGAAUGAAAAAAAAAUUGUCUGGUA